AAGGGGAGCGCAGAGGCUGCCGGGCCUCUUUGCGCGGCGGCGGGGCUGGGCGGUUGGCUGGUGUUGUGCGCCGCUGCCGCCAUGGGCUUUGGGGACCUAAAGUCCGCUGCCGGCCUGCGGGUCCUUAACGACUUCCUGGCCGACAAGAGCUACAUCGAGGGGUACGUGCCCUCCCAGGCCGACAUAGCAGUCUUUGAAGCUGUUGGUGCCCCGCCUCCGGCGGAGUUGUUCCAUGCUCUUCGGUGGUACAAUCACAUUAAGUCGUAUGAAAAGCAAAAGGCAAGCUUGCCAGGAAUAAAGAAGGCUUUGGGGAAAUACGGUCCUGCUGAUGUUGAGGACACAACAGGUGCAGCCACAGAUAGCAAAGAUGAUGAUGACAUUGAUCUUUUUGGAUCUGAUGAUGAAGAGGAAAGUGAAGAAGCGAAAAAACUGAGGGAAGAACGCUUGGCCCAGUAUGAAUCAAAGAAGUCCAAAAAACCAGCUGUUGUUGCCAAAUCAUCGAUCUUGCUUGAUGUGAAACCUUGGGACGAUGAGACAGACAUGGCCAAAUUAGAGGAGUGUGUUCGAAGUAUUCAAGCAGAUGGCUUGGUCUGGGGGUCUUCCAAGCUUGUACCAGUUGGCUAUGGUAUCAAAAAGCUUCAGAUUCAGUGUGUUGUUGAAGAUGAUAAAGUUGGAACAGACAUGCUGGAAGAAAGAAUAACAGCUUUUGAAGAUUAUGUACAAUCAAUGGAUGUAGCUGCUUUCAAUAAGAUCUAAGUCUUGAUACAUCUAGAAUAAAUGUAAUUGCAAAAAUUGG